CCUAAAGAAGGCUGGGUCGAUCGCUGACUUGAACUCGGCGUUCUGCUGCUCUCCCCUGUCAUCGCAUCCAGGAAGAACAAUCGAGGAUCACAGCGGCACAGCCUGCGCAGGAACUCGGACAGUAAUCAGAGCAGAGAUGUUCCGCAACCAGUACGACAACGACGUGACAGUAUGGAGCCCUCAGGGUCGCAUCCAUCAGAUCGAAUACGCCAUGGAAGCGGUGAAGCAAGGCUCUGCCACUGUAGGACUGAAAUCCAGGACACACGCUGUCCUCGUUGCGCUGAAGAGAGCCCAGUCUGAGCUGGCUGCCCACCAGAAGAAGAUCCUUCAUGUCGACAACCACAUUGGCAUCUCCAUCGCUGGCCUGACCGCCGACGCCAGGCUGCUCUGUAACUUUAUGCGUCAGGAGUGUUUGGACUCAAGGUUCGUCUUCGACAGACCUCUUCCAAUUUCACGUCUUGUCUCUCUCGUUGGCAGCAAAACCCAAAUUCCCACACAGCGGUACGGAAGACGGCCCUACGGUGUCGGACUCCUCAUCGCUGGCUACGAUGACAUGGGGCCUCACAUCUUCCAGACCUGCCCAUCAGCAAACUACUUUGACUGCAAAGCCAUGUCGAUCGGAGCGCGCUCCCAGUCCGCACGUACCUACCUGGAGAGGUGCAUGGACAAGUUCCAAGACUGUACUCUGAACGAGCUGGUUCAGCAUGGCCUCCGCGCUCUCAGAGAAACGCUGCCCAGCGAGCAGGACCUCACCACCAAGAACGUUUCCAUCGGCAUCGUGGGAAAGGAAAUGGAGUUCACCAUUUACGACGACGACGACGUCGCUCCGUUCCUGGAGGGGCUGGAGGAGAGGCCGCAGAGAAAGGUUGCCCAGCCUGCAGAGGAGCCUGCGGCCGGAGAGGUGUCCGUUGAGCCAAUGGAGCACUGAGGGGGCAGACCACCCCGGCGCUUACUGCAAAUCAGAGGAAAUCUGUAGAGGAGACGGCUGUCGUGAUGUGCCACUCACAAAACUGUUCAUUCAAAUUAGUCUUUGCCUACAUCUACCCAUGUAACGUUUCUUUUGUAUGGGGGAAAUAUACCAUUAUAGUAAUAAACAUCCUUUUUUGAGUUGUG